AUGAAAAUCAAAGAGGAGUUCAUCUCAGCUAGUGUUAAUCCACGCUCUCACUGCCUGGUGGCCUGUAAAUCCGCCCCUCUGGUCGUCUACGCUUCCUCACUUCAAAUCGCGGUUCAGACUAUUCCUAAUAAUGAUUCAGAAGUUGGAGUAAUUCGAAGCACAUCCGAGCGACGUCAUCAGAAGCCGAUUGCAGUGCUAAAACGGCUCAAGUCAGCGGCUAACGUCGAUGAGUUUGUAUCAGGAGACGUCGGAUCGCGAGUGGUUUUGUGGAAAUUGAAUGGAGAGAAAGUAGAAUACGUGGCAGAUCUCUCUGGGUGUUCUGGAAGUGUCGGAAGUGUUUGUGGAGUUGUCGAGAGCAAUAGGAAGGUUGUAGCGGCUUCUUGGGUCCAAUACCCAAAUAACGGAUUCGAAGCAUGGUGGACAACAUCAUCUGGAGAUCUAGUGCAUUCUAGGAAAAUCGAUCUGGAUCAGAAGGCCUUUGCCCUUUGCCUAGACGCUAUUUCCCUUCAAAACACAGUUUUAUUGGCGGUAGGAACGUCGAAACGAUUCGUGGAGCUUUAUGGAGAAUCAGAUGAUAAGAAGACGUUCAAACGACUAGUUUCAGUGGCAGGACACACUGAUUGGAUUCACUCGAUUGCCUUUAACGAUAACCCAUUCCAUCUUCUAGUUGCCUCUGCUGGUCAGGACACCUACGUCCGGCUCUGGUCAAUUGAACCAGAAUCCGGACCUCAUCAUGAAGCCCCGAAGAUUCCAGCAGCAGAAGAGGAUGUUCUAGAUGAGCUGACGUCUUCUGCAAACCUCUUCCAAUUCAACAACUCCUCCUAUCGAUGCAGCUCUCAUGCCGUAAUGCAGGGACAUGAUGAUUGGGUGCAUUCGACGGUGUGGAGUGAGAAUGGGCGGGUUUUGUUGACGGCUUCUAGUGACAAGACGUGUAUUAUCUGGAGGGAAAUCGAUAAUUUAUGGAGAGACGAUGUCAGAUUGGGAAUUGUUGGAGGACAAGCGGCUGGAUUCUUUUCGGCUGUGUUUUUGAAUUCACAUAAAAAUCAUUCCGAUUCGGAUUCUGAAGAUGUCGUCGCCAGCUCUUCUUACUUCGGUGGCCUUCACGCGUGGAAGUCUUCUGAUGAGCAGCGAACAUUCUGGACGUCUCUUCCGAUGACCGGUGGUCAUGUCGGAGAGGUUCGUGACGUGGAUUGGCAUGAAUCGUCGUUUUUGAUAUCAGUUGGACAGGAUCAGACGACUCGGGUGUUUGCGAAAAGUGAGAAACAGCAAGUCUAUCUGGAAAUGGCUCGUCCACAAGUCCACGGCCACGAUAUGCAGUGUCUCUCUUUCGUCAAUCCAUCGGUAUUCGUCUCUGGCGCUGAGGAGAAAGUCUUCAGAGCUUUUCGAGCUCCAAAAUCGUUUGUUAAAAGUCUUGAAACUCUCACUGGAGUCCCCUCCUCAAAAUCAUUCGGAUCCAGUCGAAUCGCCGAGUUUGGAGCGUGCGUUCCAGCUUUAGGACUCUCUAACAAACCAAUGAUCGAAGGAGAAACUGUGGAUGGAGAGCAUUGGGAGGAGGAUGCGUUCAGAGCAGCACCAACUGUGCUAGAAACCGCACCAACUGAGGAUACCCUUCAACAGAACACUCUUUGGCCGGAAGAUCAUAAACUGUAUGGUCAUGGUUAUGAGGUUUAUGCAGUUACUGCGAAUCCACGGGGUACUGUAUUGGCUACUGCUUGCAAGUCUAGCCACGUGGAACACUCGGUUGUCAUGCUUUGGAAAACUGAAGAUUGGUCUAAGCAAGCGGAAAUUGUUGGACAUCAGUUGACGGUUACUCAAAUCGCUUGGAAUCCUUCUGGAACUGUGUUGUUGACUGUUAGCAGAGAUCGAACUGCAAAGCUUUAUAAAGAGAAGACUGGGAAUUUGGAUGGAUUUGCGUAUGAAUGCGUUUGGACAUCUGGAAAGCAGCACACUCGUAUUAUUUGGGGUUGUGAUUGGCUUGAUGACCAGCGAUUUGUGACUGCUGCCAGAGAUCAAAAAGUUAUUGUAUGGCAUUCUGAAGGGACACCAAAAGCUCAAAUCAAACUUGAUGAGCCUGUGACUGCUGUGGCCGCUAGUGGAGACGUGAUCGCUGCGGGUCUUCAAACUGGAGAACUUGUUAUACUCCGAGUAAACGGAGAAAAUCUGGAGAUUGUCGAAAAAGUUGGAACCAAUCCGAUCCCGAUUGAUGCUGCCAUUUUACGCCUACGUUUUUCAAAGUGUGGAAAGAAGUUGGCAGUCGCCACUAGCGAUGCCAAAUUACGAGUUUUUGAAAUCAGUGAAUAG